AUGAGUGUCCAGAACACCCUGAGACUCCUGAACCUGGCAGGGAAGAGCCUACUAACCAAUGAGGCCUUGGCCAUUUCUGCUCUGGAGUAUCUGCCCAUCGAGCUCUUCCCCCCACUCUGCAUGGAAGCAUUCUGUGGAAGGCACAGAAAGACCUUAAAGGCCUUGGUUCAAGCCUGGCCCUUUGUCCGCCUGCCUCUGGGGGGCCUGAUGCAGAUCCUGAUGCAGACACCUCACCUGGGAACCUUACAAGCAGUGCUGGAUGGACUCGAUGUCCUGCUCACACAGAAGGCUUAUCCAAGGAAGUGCAAAUUGCGUGUGCUGGAUUUAAGGAAUACUGGCCAGGACUUCUGGAGAAUGUGGUCUGGAUCUAGUGUUCAUGUGUCCUCAAGCUCAUCAAUGGCACCAAUGGCUGAGGAUGGGUCAAGGAUCAGGAAGCCCUUGGUUCCCUUCGAGGUGUUCACAGAACUUCACCUCAAGGAAAGAACCAUGAGUGAAUUCCUCACUUACCUCCUAAAGUGGGUAGAGCAGAGAGACCCUUUCAUACACCUGUGCUGUAAGAAGUUGAAAAUGGUUUCAUUUCCCAUGGAUAAUAUUAUGAAGGUCCUGAGCAUGGUGCAACUGGACUGUAUCCAGGAGUUACAUGUGAAUUGCACCUGGCAUCUGUCCACUCUGGCCAUGAUUGCUCUUCUCAUGGACCAGAUGAGCAAUGUGCAGAAACUGUUUGUCUCCCACACCCACCUGCCUGAUUCUGAGGAGUGGAAUGAGCAGCACACUGUCAAAAUUACUUUUCAGUUCCUGAGGCUGCACCACCUCCAUGAUCUCCAUCUGGAAUCCCCCUUGUACCUUGAAGGUUGCCUGGACCAGAUGCUCAGGUGA